AUGGGGGCUUAUCCGAGGAGGAGACUGCGCUUCGGUAGAGUCCUGGUUUUCGUGGUCUGUUUGGUCCUGGUUUUGGUCUACGUCUUGUCCCUGAGACUUCGAGACUCGGAUCUAGACCCAGUCCGCCUGAGAGUCCGAGAUCUGGACCAGGAUCUGAACCCGGAUUUGAAUCAGGACCAGGACCAGGAGCCAGAGCAGUUCUCAGUUGGAGUCCCGGAUCUAGACCAGGAUCUGGGCCAGACCAGUCGUCCUGUGAUCCCAGUGAACCGGACCGACAUCGAGACCUGUGUUUAUGUGGACAAACCAGAACCUCCCUCCCCGACCGACCAGACGCCCCCCAGUAAAGGCGAGUACCCGGAGGACGUGUUCUCGUUGGAGCAGCGGCAGAGGGGUAAAGGCGAGUACCCGGAGGACGUGUUCUCGUUGGAGCAGCGUCAGAGGGGUAAAGGCGAGUACCCGGAGGACGUGUUCUCGUUGGAGCAGCGUCAGAGGGUAAAGGCGAGUACCCGGAGGACGUGUUCUCGUUGGAGCAGCGGCAGAGGGGGGGGUAAAGGCGAGUACCCGGAGGACGUGUUCUCGUUGGAGCAGCGGCAGAGGGGUAAAGGCGAGUACCCGGAGGACGUGUUCUCGUUGGAGCAGCGGCAGAGGGGGUGGGUGACUCUUCACCUCUUCGGGAUGAUCUACAUGUUCGUCGCCUUGGCGAUCGUUUGUGACGAGUUCUUCGUCCCGGCGUUGGAGGUCAUCACCGAGACGCUGCAGAUCUCCGACGACGUCGCCGGGGCGACCUUCAUGGCGGCGGGCGGCUCGGCUCCGGAGCUCUUCACGUCUCUGAUCGGCGUCUUCAUCGCUCGCUCCAACGUCGGCAUCGGCACCAUCGUGGGCUCGGCCGUCUUCAACAUCCUCUUCGUCAUCGGCAUGUGCGCCAUCUUCUCCAGGGAGAUGCUCCACCUGACCUGGUGGCCGCUCUUCAGGGACGUGUCCUUCUACAUCCUGGACCUGGCCAUGCUCAUCGUGUUCUUCCUGGACAACGCCAUCCGCUGGUGGGAGAGCGCGCUGCUGGUGCUCGGAUACGUCAGUUACGUCACGUUCAUGAAGUUCAACGCUCAGAUCGAGAACAGCGUGAAGAACAUCUGCAGCAGACACAAGAACACGGUCCAAGUGUGGAGAGACGACAACAGCAAGGUGACUGAAGCCCCGCCCCCUGCCCCUCCCCCUGAACCUGAACCCAAACCCGGACCAGACCCAGAACCUCAGGGUCCAAAGACCAGACGGACCUCAGACCCACAGAUGGACCGAAGCAAAGUCAAGUCUCGUCCGGCGCUGCAGAGAGGAGGCAGCACCGCGUCUCUUCACAACGCUUCAAUGAGAAACACCAUCUUCCAGCUCAUGAUCCACACCCUGGACCCACUGACGGAAGAUUUUUCUCUGAACGGUGACCUGAAGCCCGGACAGAGGAGAGUGCGGAGCAGAGUUCAGCCCAUGAGCGCAGCGCUGGCAGAGACACAGGAGCAAACACAGGACGGGGACCAGAUUCCUCAGGCUGAUCUUCCAGAACCGUCGACGUCUCACAAAGUCCCAGAGAAAACCACAGAAGCACCACAUGAGACCAAGAUCCCGGAGGAGCAGGGUUCGGGCAGCGGCUGCUCCUCGGGCUCUGAUGAAGACGAGGAGGAGGAGCAGGAGGAGGAGGAGGAGGAGGAGGACAGCGCCCCCUUGAGUCUGGACUGGCCUCAGACCUGCUCCAAACAGGUGUCCUACCUGCUCCUGCUGCCCAUCGUCUUCCCUCUGUGGGUCACUCUGCCCGACGUCAGAAACCAGGCGUCCAGGAGGUUCUUUGCUCUGACUUUCCUCGGCUCCAUCCUGUGGAUCGGAGUUUUCUCCUACCUCAUGGUGUGGUGGGCGCAUCAGGUCGGGGAGACUGUGGGUAUUUCAGAGGAGCUCAUGGGUCUGACCAUCUUGGCCGCAGGAACCUCCAUCCCCGACCUCAUCACCAGCGUCAUCGUGGCGAGGAAAGGCCUGGGCGACAUGGCCGUGUCCAGCUCUGUGGGCAGCAACAUCUUUGACAUCACCGUGGGUCUGCCCGUCCCUUGGCUGCUCUUCUCGUUGUCUCGUGGCGGCGAGUCGGUCCCGGUUCGUUCUAACGGUUUGUUCUGCGCGAUCGUCCUUCUCUUCGUGAUGCUCGUCUUCGUCAUCGUGUCCAUCGCCGCGUGUCGCUGGAGGAUGAGUCGUUCUCUGGGCCUCACCAUGUUCCUCCUCUACUUCCUGUUCCUCCUGCUCAGCGUCCUCCUGCAGAACCGAAUCCUCACCUGCCCCGUGUCCGUGUGA